UGACUAACAGCUCGGCCUAUCGGCGGAGGAAAAAAGGACAGCGACCAACGGGAAGAGGGGGAACGGGGCGGGAAGAGGCAUCCCCGCUGCCUCCCGCCGGGCCCCAGACCUGUCCCCCAGUGCCCACCAUGGAGCUGGCCCAAGCGCCCGCAGACCUGGCCCAGCUGCAGGCAGAGGUGGGGCGCCUGGCAGCCGAGCUGCAGGAGGCAACGCAGGAGAAAGUCCAGGCCGCCCAGUACGGGCUGGCGGUGCUGGAGGAGAAUGGGGAGCUCAAGCAGCGCUGCGGGGAGCUGGAGGGGCAGUUAGACAGGCUGAGCUCGGAGCUGACCCAAAUGAAGGAGGCCCUGGCUGAGUGUCACAGCAGCCACAAGCGGGCAGCAGUGGCCGGGGAGAACCGAGAGGAGAGCCUGGUGCGCGAGGCUGUGGCCAAGGAGGCCCAGCUGGCAGCCCGCCUUGAGGAGCAGCAGGGGGAGCUGAGGCAGCUGCGAUGCCAGCUGAGCAACACGGGUGCUGAGAGCGAGCGGCUGAGCGCUGCUCUGCAGGACCUGCGCCAGGAGUGCCAGGCCCUGGAUGCAGAAAAGGCCCAGCUGCGGGAGGAGCUGAAGCAGCACAAGAGCCGGGAGCUGCGGCAGCUGCAGGACUGCGCCGAGCUGGAGGAGGAGAACAUCUCCCUGCAGAAGCAGGUGUCCGUGCUCAAGGGCAAUCAGGUGGAGUUUGAGGCCCUCAAGCAUGAGCUGCGGUGCCGGGAGGAGGAGGCGGCGCUGGCUGGGGUCCAGCUGGAGGAGCUGGGGCGGCUGCGGGAGCUGGCGGAGCGGCAGCUGGAGGAGGUGGUGGAGGCCCUGGCGCUGGAGCGGGAGCAGCAGAGGGAGCUGCGGCGGGAGCUGGUGGCCUGCACCGGGGGCCAUCCUGGCUCACUGGGCAGCCUGCAGGCCGGCCUGGAGGAGCUAAGCCAGGAUGAGGAGCUGGACAGCGGCUUCGCCAAUGGCAGCGCCAGCGUGGGGGACUUUGGGGAGCGGGUGUCCACCCCCCACACCCGCCCUGCGCCUGGCCUUGUCGCCGACCUCUUCAGUGAGCUCAGCCUGGCAGAGGAGCACAAGCUGCGGCAGCAGCUGUUCCAGGUGGACCGGGAGAGAGCCUCCCUGGCGGCUGAUGUGCAGGAGGCCCGGCGGCAGCUGGACAGCACCAGGGAGGCGUUGACAGAGCAGCAGCAGCGCAAUGGCCUCCUCCUGGAGCAGCUCAAGGCUAGGCCAGCAUCCCCGGAGCCCCAGCCCUGGCAGGACCUGGUGGCGCAGCUGGAGGGGCAGCUGCGGGCCUCUAGGAAGCUGGCAGGGGAGCUGCAGGCCCGGCUGGCCCAGGCCCAGGAGGAGCUGCUGGGGCUGACGGAGGAACUGGCCAAUCUCUACCACCAGGUCUGCGCCUGGCGCGGCCUGACACCGCAGCGCGUGGUGCUGGAUUAUUACCGGGAUGGGCGCAGCACCAGGAGACCGCCGGCGGGUAAGCCCCGUCUCCAGCUGGAGCCAGGGGCAGGGCCCUGCGGGGACCAGUCGCCCCCCGGUUCACCUGGGGAGCCCCUCAAUGUCUCCAACCUGGCGGCAGUGCUGCGGGAGCAGCUGGGGCACCUGCAGGGGGCGCUGGUCCUGUGGCGGCAGCAGCCCCCCAGGCAGGGCCCGCCGGCUGCCGAGCUCGAGCGGGAUAAGGAGGCGCUGGCCGAGGAGGUGAUGAAGCUCCGCUCUCUGCUCAGCACCAAGCGAGAGCAGAUCGCCACGCUGCGCACCGUGCUCAAGGCCAACAAGCAGGCGGCGGAGGCAGCGCUCUCCAACCUGAAGGGGCAGUACGAGGGGGAGAAGGCCCUGGUGUCCGACACCAUGCUGAAGCUGCGCCGCGAGCUGAAGGCCCUGAAGGAGGACGCCACCACCUUCUCCUCCUUGCGCGCCAUGUUUGCCAGCAGGUGUGACCAGUACGUGUCCCAGCUGGACGAGAUGCAGCGGCAGCUGGCGGUGGCGGAGGACGAGAAGAAGACGCUGAGCUCCCUGCUACGCAUGGCCAUCCAGCAGAAACUGGCGCUCACCCAGCGCCUGGAGAGCCUGGAGAGCCCAGCCCGCAGCACCAGGGCCAGACCCCGCAGCACCAGGAGCACCGCGCACUGACACCGUGGGAGCGCCCUUACAGAGAAACCUGUGGGAGUGGUGCCAAUCGGAGCCAGCGCCAGGACCAGCACCGCCCGUGCCUUCAGUGCUGCAAACAGCUGCCGGAUCCCUGACCUCUGCCGCAGCCGCUGGGCCUUAACCGCUCCAGGCUAGGUAGGGUGGAGCCAGCCGGCCUGGCUGAGUGAAACCUUCUCCUCCUGCCUUUGUCCCCGCACUUAUGGGGCAGGGGCCUGGCCUCAUGCUCAGAGGAGCGCCCCCCCCCCCAACACACACAGGGCAGGGGCGUCUCGGUGCGCGGCCAGGCCUCGUGCUCAGAGCUUACCACAUACGCACACGUGCACACACACAGGGCAGGGGCGUCUCGGUGCGCGGCCAGGCCUCGUGCUCAGAGCUUCCCCCACCCCACAGGGCAGGGGUGUCUUGGUGCGAGGCCAGGCCUGGUGCUCAGAGCUUCCCCCACCCCACAGGGCAGGGGUGUCUCGGUGCGAGGCCAGGCCUGGUGCUCAGAGCUUCCCCCACCCCACAGGGCAGGGGCGUCUCGGUGCGCGGCCAGGCCUGGUGCUCAGAGCUUCCCCCACCCCACAGGGCAGGGGUGUCUCGGUGCGAGGCCAGGCCUCGUGCUCAGAGCUUCCCCCACCCCACAGGGCAGGGGUGUCUCGGUGCGAGGCCAGGCCUGGUGCUCAGAGCUUCCCCCACCCCACAGGGCAGGGGCGUCUCGGUGCGCGGCCAGGCCUCGUGCUCAGAGCUUCCCCCACCCCACAGGGCAGGGGUGUCUUGGUGCGAGGCCAGGCCUGGUGCUCAGAGGCCCCCAACCCCUGCACUUUUGAGGCACCAUCCCCUUUUCUCCCUGCCAUAUUUUGCACUCAGAGCUGGUGAUCUCAGGGGAGUGGCUGGGGGGUACAGGGAGUGUGGGGCGGUCAGGAGCUGUGCUGUAUGAACUGCUGUGUGUUUCCCGGACUUUGGCAAGUGACCAGGGCCUGGUUACUUUGCAUCCAAUUAAAGGGCUUUGGUCUCC